AGGAACUGGCCGCCAACAAAAACAAAACAAUUUUCAACGGUGAUGUCACUAUCACUCUAUUCUCUACAACUUCUUGUCAUGUUCCCCACUUCUGUUCUGACUUUUCCCCUUUUCUUUGUCGUUUUAUUUUUGUUAACCUCAAUCUAUUUAUUUUGGAUUGCUUGUGUUCACCAAACUAAUAAUUGGUUCAAUUGAAAAUUGUGCAGUUUCCUCAAGAAACAAAACUCUUUCCUGAAUAUCGCAUUUCCCAGUAUCCACACUUUCUUAACUCUUAUCCUCUUUGCAAUUGUGUUUGUGGUUCACAAAAUAAACAAGGGCAUCUUUUGAGCAUAUUUAGCCAUGUGUUUUCAAUGUGGUACACGUUUGAUGAUUUUUUUUUCAUUUUUGUGGUUUGAGUAUCUUGUAUUGGCAAGUAAGAUUUGUCAAACUUUCGAUUUUUAGAUUUACAAUUGGGUCAAUAAAAAUAAAUAUAUGAUUUUCUAUAAUAUAUGUGAUGCAAGCAAGGUUAAGGCAAAUUGUCUUUAUUCUUUUUAUCCCAAAUGGGUGAUUGACGCCAACGACUGUUCAACAUAUUUUCUGCUGACGCUUCUUUAAUGAAGUAGCACGAAGAAGUAAACAGGACGACUUUUGGCCACCGGAAAAUUUCUCUGUUAUAAAAACGAAAGUCUGUGUCCUCUUAAACAUUUUUGGGAUCAUCAAUCGGUUUUUGGUCAACCAUGAAUAUGAAUCAAGUUGCAGAGUAUGUGGAAACUGAUCCAACUGGUCGCUAUGGACGUUUUGCAGAAAUUCUUGGAAGGGGAGCGAUGAAGACAGUGUACAAAGCAAUCGACGAGAAGCUGGGAAUAGAAGUAGCAUGGAGCCAGGUGAAGCUUAAGGAGGUUCUGCGUUCCUCUGUUGAUCUACAGAGGCUUUACUCCGAGGUUCAUCUCCUCAGCACUCUCAACCACAAAUCCAUCAUUCGUUUCUACACUUCCUGGAUCGAUGUUCAUAACCACACUCUCAACUUCAUCACCGAGUUGUUCACUUCAGGGACCCUCCGACAAUACAAAAAUAAGUACUUGCGGAUAGAUAUCCGAGCAAUCAAGUCCUGGGCUCGGCAAAUCUUGGAAGGGCUAGUUUAUCUCCACGAGCACGACCCUCCUGUUAUCCAUAGAGACCUUAAGUGUGAUAAUAUCUUUGUGAAUGGGCAUCUUGGACAAGUCAAAAUUGGUGAUCUUGGUCUUGCAAGAAUGCUGCGGGACUGCCACUCGGCCCAUAGCAUCAUUGGCACUCCUGAGUUCAUGGCACCAGAAUUAUAUGAGGAGAACUAUAAUGAACUCAUUGACGUAUAUUCCUUUGGUAUGUGCUUUUUGGAGAUGAUCACCUCUGAGUUCCCGUAUAGUGAGUGCAACCAUCCGGCACAGAUUUACAAGAAAGUUGUUGGGGGAAAGCUACCAGGAGCAUUUUACAGAGUUGGAGACAUCGAGGCACAGAGGUUCAUCGGGAAAUGCCUCGUGUCUGCCUCAAAGAGAGUAUCAGCAAAAGAACUAUUGCAAGAUCCAUUUCUUGCCUCCGAUGAGUCCUGGAUGGUAUACACGAGCGGUGCUGGGAAUCCAAAGCCCUUCUUGAACGAGAAUGAAAUGGACACACUGAAGUUGGAAGAUGAUGAGUUAAGGACCGAGAUGUCCAUCGCUGGGAAGCUGGGCGCUGAAGAUAACAAAAUCGAUCUGGAAGUACAAAUCGCAUAUGAUAAUGGUCUGGCCAAUAAUGUAUUCUUUCCCUUUGACAUCAUGAAUGAUACUUCCAUUGAUGUUGCAAAGGAGAUGGUAAAAGAACUCGAAAUUAUAGAUUGGGAGCCAGUCGAGAUUGCUAAAAUGAUUGAUGGAGCGAUUUCUUCUUUGGUGUCUGAUUGGAAGUAUGAGGAAGAUGAUGAAACCCCUCAUGAUCAUCAUCGUCAUCGUACCGAUUCUUUUCACUCUUCUUCCUCGCACGCGUCAUCUUCCCAAGCUUCACUCUCGAACUAUAUGGCUCGAGGCCUUCAAGAUUGGGUACAAGAUGAUUUACACGAUGAGACGUAUUCUCAGAGUUCUUCCCAUUCAGGGUCUUACUCCAACCUCAACUACAUAGCUGUUGAUGAGUACAGCUCCCAAUCUCCUGUUAUGAGCAGAACUCACAACAUGACGAGGUUUUGCCCCGAAGAAAGCUCUCAUCUACAGUCAGGACAAGCCAACGCGUAUGCAGCUUCCAGUUCAACUAACAGAAGCUUGGCUUCAGACAACCGCACACUUACAAGGAACCGAUCACUUGUAGACGUGCAGAGACAGUUACUGCACCGGUCGCCAGGGGAAGAGGCUAGAAAAAGAAGAUUGUUCAAAACUGUUGGAGACGUAGAAACAGUUGGGUUUCAGUCACCUUAUGCGGUUUCACGGAAGCCACCAAGCUCAAGGCGCUAGCUUCUCCAGUAUUUUAAUUACUGUAAUAUAUAAGUAUACUGUAAAAAACAAGUUUGCUGGUUCAAAAAUGUAAAAAGUACAUGUGUUUAAUAAAGUUGUUCAAAGGGUGUGUUUGUGUUA